AUGGCGUUCUCAAUAGGGAUACCCUGGAACGAGGGCGAAGAGAAGAUGCAUCACCUCCUCCGCGUUCCACCCCAAGACAAUCCAACAUCGGCUAUGCUCACACCACAAGCCAGUUUUAUGUUCCAACGUGCUCCUCUACUCGCACUCGGAACACUGGAUGCACAAUCUAGACCAUGGGCGACACUAUGGGGUGGCGAGCCUGGUUUCUCUGAACAGCUUGGUGGAGGCUUCAUCGGCACGCGAACACUCGUCGAUGGAACGUACGAUCCUGUCGUGCAAGCGCUGACAAGUGAGAAUCAGAAGGGCGAGAUGACCCAAGCAAAAGACGGUGGCAAACUAGUAGCAGGUUUAGCUAUCGAUCUGAUGACGAGGAAAAGAGUCAAAACCGCCGGGCGUAUGAUUGCAGGAGCAAUAAGGGAUAUCGACGUUGAGAUCGAAGGUGAGGCAGACAAGAAACAAGAACAGAUUCAACUCGUCACCAAGAUAGAACAAAGCCUAGGAAAUUGUCCCAAGUAUCUCAAUCAAUACGAAAUACGCCCAGCGCUAGUAAACGCAAGAUCAGUAUCACAAUCCUCAGCGUUAUCAAAAGAAGGAGAAGAACUCAUUGCGAGAUCCGACAUGUUUUUCUUAUCUACAACAACUGAGGACGACAUGGAUGUCAACCAUCGCGGUGGACCAGCGGGAUUCGUCCGGAUGAUAGAUUCAAGCACUCUUGUCUACCCCGAAUACUCCGGAAACCGGCUUUAUCAGUCCCUCGGUAAUCUAAUGCUCAACCCCAAGAUUGGUAUCGUGUUUCCAGACUACGAAACGGGAGAUGUCCUUUACCUGACCGGCACAACUGACAUCCUCGCUGGUGCAGAUGCAGCUGCCCUAUUGCCCAGUAGCAAUCUGGCCGUCAAGAUAACCAUCUCAGAAUGCCGAUUUGUAGCCAAUGGUCUGCCGUUUCGUGGCUCGAAGAAGACACCUAGCCCAUAUAAUCCGCUCGUGCGCACCCUUGCUUCUGAAGGGAACAUACGCGGCAAACUCUCCGUUUCUCACACCAUGGCAUCUUUGACCAAGAAAGAGGUUCUCACGCCUAGUAUUGCUCGUUUCACCUUCACUGUGAGAGAUGGCAUAACAUAUCAAUCUGGGCAAUGGAUUGCGCUAGAUUUUAGCAAAGAGUUGGACAUUGGGUACGAACACAUGCGCGAUGAUGAUCCUGGAAGUCUGAACGAUGACUUUGUGAGGACGUUUACCAUUUCCUCCACGCCUAGCAAAGACCAUGAGAAGGAAAGUGAGUUUGAGAUGACUAUACGGAACGUUGGGACUGUUACACGGUUCCUCUUCCAGCAAAAUGAGCGGGCUGGGUUGGAGAUAGGUGCCCUCGGUGUAGGGGGUCAGUUCAAGAUCGAAAAGGCCGAUGGGCGUAAGGUGGUUUUUGUGGCUGGCGGAGUGGGGGGCACGCCGUUGCUCGGACAAGUUGGUGGGCUGGGUUUGGGAGCUGGAGGAUUCAAGUUGAUUUGGGCCGUACGGAGUGAGGAUGUGGGGUUGGUGUAUGAUACGUUUCGACGGUAUCAUGGCCUAGGAGCUUGUACGACGGUGUUUCUGACAGGCGGCGGAACAGACGGUGACUUAACUAAGAUGAAGGAUCACGUGAAAUCGGAGGCUGAGGUUGUGGAAAGAAGAAUGACGAAGAGUGAUAUACAGGCGAUGCAGGCUGAUACAUGGUACGUGUGUGCCGGAAAGGGGAUGAGGAAAAUAGUUACAGGAUGGCUAGAAGGACAGAAAGUAGUGUUUGAGGAUUUUGAUUAUUAG